CCUUUAUUUUAUGAGCUACACAUUAUGUGAAAUUAACUACAUAAUUACAAUAAUAAAAAAACACUCACGAUUCAAAUAUGAAAUUUAAAUUUUUUAUGCGUUAAUAAAGUUUUUCCAUAAAUCUCAUAUUAUUUUUAAUGCCUUUGAACAAUAUUUUGUUCCAAUAAGCAGUCUCACUUUUGAAGAAUAAAGAACACAACAAACCUUAAUGUAGGUAAAUAAUAUACUUCUUAUUUGUUAAGAGGCGACAUUGAAAGCAUUACAAAUUUACAUAUAAAAAAUAUAUAAUUCAAAAGAAUGGAUCAUCAACAUAUGGACCAUCAACACAUGGGUCACCAUAAUAUGGACCACAGCACAAUGCAUAAUCAUGGCGGUCACGGAGAUGACGACAUGAAAAUGUAUUUUCACGCUGGAACACGAGAAAGAAUUCUUUGGGAAGGAUGGAAAACAGAAUCAGAUUUACAAUUUGGUUUAUCAUGUUUAGCUUUAAUUGCCGUAUCAUUUUUAUAUGAAGGAUUAAGAUAUAUACGCGAACGUUUUUAUCAUAAGGUUGCAAAAGAUGAAGCAUUAAAAUUAAUGCAAAUGCAAAAUGGUCAAGGAUGUUGUGCAGGUGCUUUGCCACAUGUUGAGAGAACAAUUACAAGUCAAAUAUUUAAUAAAUCACAUGCAAUACAAACUAUUUUACAUGUUAUUCAAAUAACGGUUUCCUAUUUAUUGAUGUUGGUGUUUAUGACUUUUAAUUAUUGGCUAUGUCUAUCAGUUUUAAUUGGAUGUACGCUUGGAUACUUUUGUUUUGGCUGGAUUAAACAAAAUGCUAUCGAUUCUAAUGAUCAUUGUCAUUAGUAAUUUUAAAAGAAGAUACAAAUACCUACAUACAUAUGUAUAUCAAUUUUAAUGAAGGAAAAUAUCAUUUCAUAAUGGGGGCGAUAUAAAUAUACAUACAUUUACAUAUACUCAUGUAUACUUUAUUAUUUUAUUAGAAUGUCCAAUAUUUUGUUAACAAAUAGUAAUUAUAAACUAUAUAAUAGAAAAUUAUGUAAAGAAAAUGUAAUAGAAUCCAAAGAUAUUGUUAAAUUAGAUAACCUUUAUAGUUAUGUUGUCAAAUAUUUAAUUUUUAUAAAUA